UACAUGCUGGGCUGUCUCCAGAGUCCGGAGAGAGGAGGAGACAAAGUGAGAGAGAGAUGACAAUGGAGCGGUUUACUUACAUCUGAGAGACAAGCUCGCCAGUUCGUGGAUGGAUGGACAAAUAAAUCAGUAGGGAGCAGCAGCGGUAGAGUGUCCUUUACGCACGCUAUGCGCAUACCUUUGCCGUGCGUCCUGGCGCAUCCAGAGUUUACAGAGGAAGAAAAAUGACCGUUUGUAACUUGUACUUUUGAUUGUUUCCGUAUCUUUUUGUCCGUUUGGCAUUUCACAGUAACCGUUCAUCACUCGGCGAAUCUCUGACUCUCGGUUUUAUCGUCCAUCCGGGCGGACAUGUCGGGUCAGAAACCGUCCUUGAAGAGCACCGGUUCCCCUCAGAGCCGCUUCCAGGUGGAUGUUGUGACGGAGGCAUCAUCCGCUGCGCCAGCCGCGGGCCAAGUUCCUGCCGAUGGUUCCAGGCCGCCCGAGGAGUCCAAAGGCCGGUUCAGGGUGGUGGGCUUCCUGGAUUCGGGAGCGCUGGGCAGCGCAAUGGACAUCGGGCUCCCACCUGAUGUCUCCCACGAGCCGGACACCGCGAGGAGCGACUCUGUCAGCCUCCAUUCAAGUGGAACGGGACACACGCACAUCUCCGACUCCCACUCCAACACUUACUACAUGAGGACCUUCGGACACAACACCAUAGACGCCGUGCCAAACAUCGACUUCUAUCGGCAGACUGCUGCGUCUUUUGGGGAGAAGCUGACGAGACCGUCGCUGUCGGAGCUACACGAUGAACUGGAUAAAGAGCCCUUUGAGGAUGGUCUGACCAAUGGAGAGGAGCCGUCAGCAGCGGAGGAGGCGGCGGCCUUGGCAGCGAAGGAGGCGAAAGGAGGAAUGGUCAAGUUUGGUUGGAUCAAAGGAGUCCUGGUGCGCUGCAUGCUGAAUAUCUGGGGUGUGAUGCUCUUCAUCAGAAUGUCCUGGAUUGUUGGACAGGCUGGAAUCGGUUUGACGAUUGCGAUCAUUUUGAUGGCCACUGUGGUCACCACUAUAACUGGUCUGUCUACCUCUGCCAUAGCAACCAACGGCUUUGUACGAGGAGGAGGGGCGUACUACCUGAUCUCCAGGAGUCUGGGUCCUGAGUUUGGAGGCUCCAUCGGACUCAUCUUUGCCUUCGCCAAUGCUGUAGCUGUGGCAAUGUACGUCGUAGGAUUUGCUGAGACUGUUGUCGAGAUGCUCAGUGACGUUGACGCCCUGAUGACUGACGAGCUAAAUGAUAUUCGUAUUGUUGGGACUCUGACCGUCAUCCUGCUGCUGGGAAUCUCGGUAGCUGGGAUGGAGUGGGAAGCCAAGGCUCAGAUUGUCCUCCUUGUGAUCUUGCUAGCAGCCAUUGCUAACUACUUCAUAGGAACCUUCAUGCCGACAGAAAGCAAAGAGCCCAAGGGAUUCUUCGGCUACCACACUGCAAUCCUCCUAGAAAACUUCGGCCCAGACUUUAGAGAAGACGAAACGUUCUUCUCCGUGUUUGCCAUCUUCUUCCCUGCAGCCACUGGGAUCCUGGCUGGAGCCAACAUCUCUGGAGACCUCAGCGAUCCCCAGUCAGCGAUCCCUAAAGGCACUCUGCUGGCCAUCCUCAUCACAGGACUCACCUACGUGGGAGUCGCCAUCUCUGCAGGCUCCUGCAUUGUGAGAGAUGCGACUGGCGACCACAACGACACAGUGAGCGACACGGUGAACUGCACAGACGCCGCAUGCACACUGGGCUACGACUUCUCCAUCUGCAAGGAAGGAGGUUGCCAGUAUGGUCUGAUGAAUGACUUCCAGGUGAUGAGUCUGGUGUCGGGCUUCGGUCCUCUCAUCACUGCAGGGAUUUUCUCAGCCACUCUGUCCUCGGCUCUGGCUUCACUGGUCAGCGCACCCAAAGUCUUCCAGGCUCUCUGUAAGGACAACAUCUACCCAGGGCUGGGGGUGUUUGCUAAGGGUUACGGGAAGAACAACGAGCCUCUCCGUGGAUACGUGCUGACCUUCUGCAUCGGCCUGGCUUUCAUCCUCAUCGCCGAGCUCAACAUCAUUGCUCCCAUCAUCUCCAACUUCUUCCUGGCCUCGUACGCUCUCAUCAACUUUUCCGUCUUCCACGCCUCCCUCGCCAACUCUCCAGGGUGGCGCCCCAGCUUCAAGUACUACAACAUGUGGGUGUCUCUGGGCGGGGCCAUACUCUGCUGCGUGGUGAUGUUCGUCAUCAACUGGUGGGCGGCCCUCGUCACGCUCCUCAUCGUCCUGGCGCUCUACAUCUACGUGGGUUACAAGAAGCCUGAUGUGAACUGGGGCUCGUCCACUCAGGCUCUGAUCUACAACCAGGCUCUGACUCACUGUCUGAACCUCACCGGAGUCGAGGACCACGUUAAAAACUUCAGGCCGCAGUGUUUGGUGUUGGCCGGUUAUCCAAACUCCCGUCCUGCUCUGAUGCAACUGGUCCAUUCUUUUACCAAGGACGUCAGCCUCAUGGUCUGUGGUCACGUCAGGACAGUUUCCCGUCGGCCAAACUUCAAGGAGCUGUCUCAGGAUCACGCCCGCUGCCAACGCUGGCUCAAUAAAAAACGCAUCAAAGCCUUUUACGCUCCCGUCUUCGCCGACAACCUUCGGCAGGGGACUCAGCUGCUCUUGCAGGCUGUCGGUCUGGGUCGUCUGAAGCCCAACACGCUGGUCAUGGGUUUCAAGAACAACUGGAGCGACGGACACAUGAGAGACGUGGAGAUUUACGUCAACACAAUACACGAUGCCUUUGACCUGCAGUUUGGAGUCGUGAUCCUCCGACUGCAGGACGGUCUGGACGUCUCUCACAUCCAGGGACAAGACGAGCUGCUGUCGUCCCAUGAGAAGCCGCCCGUUAGCAGCAAGGACGUUCUGAUCUCCGUCAAUCUGACCAAAGACUCAGACUCCGACUCCUGUCCCUCGAAGACCACCAGCAACCAGAGCAGCCCGCUCAUCACGAGAGAAACCAAGUCUCCUCUGAGUCUGGCUGACCAGCGUCUGUUGGAGAGCAGCCAGCAGUUUAAGAAGAAACAAGGCAAAGGAACCAUUGAUGUGUGGUGGCUGUUUGAUGACGGAGGUCUGACUCUUCUGAUUCCAUACCUGCUGACCAACCGCAGUAAGUGGGGUGACUGCAGGAUCCGAGUCUUCAUUGGAGGAAAGAUCAACCGCAUUGACCACGACCGCCGAGCCAUGGCCACGUUGCUCAGCAGGUUCAGAAUCGACUUCUCCGACAUCAACGUCCUCGGAGACAUCAACACCAAACCCAAGAAACACAAUAAGCUGAGUUUUAAAGAGCUGAUCGAGCCGUACAGGCUGAAGGAGGACGACAUGGAGCAGGAGGCUGCAGAGAGGCUGAAGGCCCAGGAACCCUGGAGGAUCACUGAUAACGAACUGGAGCUCUACAAGGCCAAGAGCAACCGGCAGAUCAGACUGAACGAGCUGCUGAAAGAACACUCCAGUACGGCCAAACUCAUCGUCAUGAGCAUGCCGUUGGCCAGGAAGGGCACGGUGUCCAGCGCCCUCUACAUGUGUUGGUUGGAAACUCUGUCCAAAGACCUUCCACCGCUGCUGCUGGUCCGAGGAAACCACCAGAGCGUCCUCACCUUCUACUCCUAACACUCAAACCCACGCAGCGUUCCACAGCCUACAUCUGCACAAGAACAGAAACACUGGCGUGCUUUAAACAGAAAACCGGAAGUCUAAUUCAGUUUGUGUUCGGCUUAAUUUGAGAACCGCCCAUUAACAAAUUAAUCAACACAAUCAACAUCAUGACGGCUACUUUGUUCACCUUCAGUAAUAAAACUCUUUGUGUGUGAAUGAGAGUAACUACAUCAAAUAUUUAUUUAUAACGAUAAAGGUCCAAACGUGUGCUCGGAUUGAGUUGUGCUGUUAUUGUUAUGAAGUGUGGUGAAGUAUUUUUUUCAUUGGGUUUCAAGUAUUAAGACUGUAUAACUUAAUUUUGUACACUAUUUUAUUAAAGUAUUAACCGAACCACG